AAAAGGGGUUGAGCGAAGCAGAGGAGUUUCCGUUAUCCAUUUUCUAUCUAAAUUUGCUCUCUAAGAAAUUGACGGGAUUUUUUCUCGAGAAAAUUAGGGUUUUUUGGAAUUUCCGUUCUGUGAAGGCGACUCGACUCAACCAUGAUUACCGAUUCGAUCACCAGCGCUGCGGCCUCGAUCUCUAAGGAGUUCGGCAAGAAGAAGAGGACGAACAGGACAGCAAAAUUGAAGCAGUGCAAGCUCGAUGCUCGCCGCGAGCAAUGGCUUUCCAAAGUCAAGAACAAUGGAUGUAGGGGAGAAUCGGAGGGUAUUCCGGAAUCUUCAAUGCAUAAGAGAAAUGAAAGCAAUGAAAGCAAUCGUUCGUUAGAAAAUUUAGAGGUGAGGCCGAGAGGGGGAGAAAAUGAUGGAUCCGUUCACCAUGACAGUGAUUCGGAGUCCCCUGCAAACAGUCCCACAAGUCAUAUUAGUAGCAUCUUGGGCAGUACUGAUUCAGGAACGAAUUAUCAUGCGAGCAGCAGUAGCAGUAGCAGCAGUGGUGGGUGUUGUUCAGGUAGUAUCACAGAAGAAGAAGAAGAAGAAGAAGAAGAAGGGAAUGAUGAAUGUUUGGAUGAUUGGGAGGCUGUUGCUGAUGCUUUGGCUGCCGUUGACAAGCAGAAAAUCCCAGUCCAGGAAGGCCAUGUAGAACAGGAAUCGCAUGUAGAGCAGAAACCUGUGGUCCGUUCGGGUUCUCCUGGUGGAAUAAGUAAGGACACUGGCUUAGGAAUUGAAAUCCACAAACCAGAACAUGUGGGAAUGGUUCCCAGGGCCCCAGCAAAUGGACAAGCGUGGAGGGCUGAUGAUGCUUUCAGACCUCAGAGUUUACCGAAUUUGUCCAAGCAGCAUAGCUUUCCCAUGAAUUCAGACCGGCAUUGUGGUCAUGGAGGGGUCCCAUGGGCUCGUAGCAGUGUUGCGGCCAUUCCAAUUUCAUGCCCCAUAUGCUAUGAAGAUUUGGAUUUCACGGACUCUAGUUUUUUACCUUGUUCUUGUGGGUUUCGUCUUUGCCUUUUCUGCCACAAGAGGAUUCUUGAAGAAGAUGGGCGCUGUCCAGGUUGCAGGAAGCCAUAUGAUUGUGAUCCUGUUGAGGCAGAGGCCAUUGUGAAUGGGGGCAGCCUGACAUUCCGGUUGGGUCGCUCUUAUAGCAUGAUUGCAAGGUCUUAGGAAGAGUCGUUAUGUUUGAUCAAACUAUAGUAUGUCUGGUCCAUCCUCUUUCACAUGUCUUGCGUGUUCAGUUACUCUUAGGUUCUUUUUUCCGUAGAAUUGGCAGUGGGUAUAGGGUUGUCAUACUAAAAGCACCCGGGAAUUGAGCUGUUUCUCUUAUGAGUUUGGUUCUUAUUGAUAUGGUGCAUUUGCUGAUAUAGAGGAUUCGUGUUGGUAUGUGAAUAGAUAAGGUGGUAUAGAAAUUGAAUACAUCAAAACCAUUUACAUUACAUUCUGCUCUUCUCUGCCUUUUCUUCCUUUUCUCUAGACAUUUGGUUGAGUGAUCAAUCGUUAUUUUUGAGGCGUGCUUAUGCAUGCUAUAAUA